AUGAAUUUAGAAUCAUACGAUAAAAUAAAUUUAGACAAUAAUUAUAUAAAAUCCAUUAUAAAUAUAGACUUAAAAGAUUAUUUUAAAAAUUAUGAAUAUAAAAAUUAUAAAGAAUUAAAAGAAAUUAUUAGAAAGAAUGCUAAAAAAAUUAGAGAAAUUAUUUUAAGGAAUUCAUUAAUUAUGCAAAAUAAUACUUGUGUUAAUAUCAUACAUGCAAUAGAAAAUAAUUUAGACAAAAAUAAAGAAAAUUUAAAUUUUAAUUGUGAGAAAAUUGAAAUAUUUGAAAAUAAGACUUUCUCAAAAAAAAAAAACAUAUUAUAUAUGGAUUAUUUAUAUACCCUAUUAAUAAGGAACUUGUAUAUUUUGUUUAGUUCAUUAAAUUUAGAAAGAAAAAAAGAAAAAAAAUUUGAUUUUACCAAAAUAUAUACAUAUGAAUAUAAUUAUAAAAAAAUUUCAUUGAAUGAAGUUAUUGCUUUUUUAAAAAAAAGUGGAAUAAAUGAUAUAAACAUAACAGAUAUUGAGAACUUAAAUUUUUUUACUUAUUGUAAUAAAUUAAAAACACAUCUUAACAAUAAAAAGUCUAAUUUUAAUAUAUGCUUAUAUAUACCUACAAAAAAGGAAGUUGACAUAUUAUUUAUUAUUGAAAAAUUAUAUGAUUAUUUUUAUUUUGAUUUAUAUGUACCCAUAACAACAAAAAGUGGUGAUUUAAUAUUUUUUCCAUUUGAUAUAAUAGAUAAUUUAUUAAUAAAGCACGAUUUUAAUAUAUUUGUUCCUUUUUUAUAUAUAUAUUUAAAUUCCAUCAAGAAAUUUUGUUUUAAUUUAAAUAAUUUAAAUAUAAUAACAAAUAAAUUAUUUCAUUUUACAUACAAAGAAAAUGAAACUAUUUUUAUUAUUCCAUUAAUUGCAUACAAUAAUUAUGGUUGUAGAAUAGGUAGUGGAAAAGGAUACUAUGAUAAAACAUUAAAAAAAAAUAAAAAUAUUACAAAGUUAUAUAAAAAAAAUAUAAAGAAUACAGUAAAGAUCAGCAUUUCUUUUGAAAUUUUUUUAUAUGAUAUAGAUUUUUGUGAAUCCACUGACCUUAUUUUAGACUACAUAAUAAAUGAGAAAAACAUUUACCAUUUUCUAUUUUGA